AAAUAUCUUCACAUUCCCCAUCAUUUUUCUCAAGCAGCCAUCUCUUCUCACUAAACCCUAGAAUUUCUUAUCCAAAACAAAAUAUGCCUCUUAUCCCAGAAGAGCCUUUGCUCGCCUCUAACCCAGAUCGAUUCUGUAUGUUCCCAAUUCAGUAUCCACAGAUUUGGGAAAUGUACAAGAAAGCCAUGGCAUCUUUCUGGACGGCAGAAGAAGUCGAUCUCUCCACCGAUACUCGUCACUGGGAAAACCUAACAUCCGGUGAAAGGCAUUUCAUCACUCAUGUUCUUGCCUUUUUUGCCGCCUCAGACGGCAUCGUUUUAGAGAACCUCGCUGGAAGGUUCAUGAAAGAUGUCCAGGUUGCCGAGGCUCGUGCUUUCUAUGGGUUCCAAAUCGCCAUUGAGAAUAUCCAUUCCGAGAUGUACAGUUUGCUGUUGGAGUCGUACAUCAAGGAUUCUGACGAAAAGAGCAAAUUGUUCCGUGCAAUUGAGACAAUCCCUUGUGUUGAAAAGAAGGCGAAAUGGGCCCUUCGUUGGAUCGAUGGGUCCGAAACUUUCGCGGAGCGUUUGGUGGCUUUUGCUUGUGUUGAAGGGAUUUUCUUCAGCGGAAGCUUCUGUUCGAUAUUUUGGUUGAAAAAACGGGGGUUAAUGCCUGGAUUAACCUUCUCAAAUGAGUUAAUUUCAAGAGACGAAGGUUUGCACUGUGAUUUUGCGUGUUUGCUUUACAGUUUGCUAAGGACGAAGCUAACUGAGGAGCGAGUCAGGGGAAUUGUUGCAGAUGCUGUGGAGAUAGAAAGGGAGUUCGUGUGUGAUGCUCUUCCUUGUGCUCUGGUGGGAAUGAAUGGAGAUUUGAUGAGUAAAUACAUAGAGUUUGUAGCUGACAGAUUGUUGGAUGCUUUGGGUUAUGACAAGAUGUACAAUGCUCAGAAUCCAUUCGAUUGGAUGGAGCUGAUUAGUUUACAAGGGAAGACUAAUUUCUUUGAGAAGAGAGUUGGGGAGUAUCAGAAAGCCUCAGUUAUGUCCAGUUUGAAUGGUAAUGGUGAUACCCAUGAAUUCAAGCUGGAUGAGGACUUUUAAAUUUAGUACUCUAGCUCCUUUUUUGUAUUUUUUGAAAUUAGUUUUAUGUUCUUCUUUUAAGGUUCCGUUAUAUAAGUACUUAAUAAUAUAUAUCAGUAGAAGUAUUGUAAUAAUUAGUUAUGAUAUUUGUUCAUUGUCCCAGUAUGAAAUGUGCUUUUACAGCACUUCCACCAAC